AUGAUAAUUUUUCUCUUAAUUGUUAUAGCGAUACCAACCUUAUUAUUAAUUCUAAAUAGAAUAAAGAACAGAAGAUUCUAUGAGUUAGCUAACAAAAUACCAGCGGCGAAAGGAAAUUUACCGCUUAUUGGCAUUGCUCAUAAAUUUAUUGGAUCUACUGGCAAAAAUGCUUAUAAGGUAAUAACUAGCCUUAGCCAUCAGAGUCUUGAAAACGGUGGAAUUGUAAAAUUUUGCAUGGGACCGAAUGUGAAUUUUGUUCUAACUAAUGUGGAGGACGUGGAUUUCUUGUUGAAGUCUCAACUCGGGAAGACCUCCGAAUAUGUUUUAUUGGAAGAUUUUAUUGGCAAGAGCACUCUUAACGCUCCAGUACCCAUUUGGAAACGGCACCGAAAAAUCUUGAUCCCAAAUUUUACUUCUAAGAUGAUGGAAAAUUAUUUCCCGAUAUUUGUUGCAAAAAGUAAGAAACUGGUCGAUGUGUUGGAAAAACAUGUUGGUGGCGGCGAAUUCGAACUGUUCCCGCAUAUAUCUGCAUACGAAUUAGCAAUAGUCUGUGAGACAUCAUAUGGAUUGACAGUAAAUUGUCAAGAGGAUUCAAGCUAUCCAGUCCUAGUCCAAGUGGAAACACUCAUGGAAAUUGCUUCUGAACGUCUUUUUAUGGUUUGGCAACAUCCAGAUUGGAUUUUUAAACUGACGCCGCAUUAUUCUAAGUAUUACAAUGCGCGUCAAGUUUUGUACGAGUUCAUGUUAAAGGUAAUAAAUGACAAACGAGACGAGAUGAGAGCGAAACGCCGAGAAAACCCGAACAAAGAAACCGAAAUCAGUGAAUCUGAAAUUCCGUCGUUCCUUGAACUGGUACUCAGUCUUGAGGGAAAUGAUGGAUACACGGACAUGGAACUGAUGCAGGAAUUGAUUGCUCUGACUCUCGCCGGGACUGACACUUCAGCUAUAUCUCUUAGUUUUCUGUUUGAACUUUUGUCUAAAUAUCCCGAUGUACAAGAGAAACUUUACCAGGAAAUACACGAUAUGUUUGGAGAUUCAGACAGAACAGUCGAAAAAGAAGAUAUACCGAAACUACAAUAUUUAGAUAUGGUGUUCAAAGAAUCCCUCAGGCUUUACAGUGCUGCAUCUGUAAUCGGGAGACGAGUAGAGCAAGAAAUUAAAUUACCAUCUGGCGUCACUCUACCAGCUAAUUGUGAUGCCUUCGUAAGCAUAUAUGGAGUUCACCGCGAUCCGCAGGUCUGGGGCCCUGACGCCGAGGUAUUCGACCCUGAUAGAUUUCUACCUGGGAGGUACAAAUCGCUGCACCCCUGUUCUUUUCUUCCGUUUAGUUACGGACAGAGAAACUGUCCGGGAUUCCACUUUGGUACGAUGACAUUAAAAAUUGCCGUCAUAGACGUGUUAAGGAAAUUCAAAAUUGUUGGCACACCAAGCGAAAGUAGAAUACCAAAACUGGAAGCGAAAUUCGACAUACUCGCAAAACCACUGCACGCAGUCCGAAUAAGCGUGGAAAGAAGAAAAUAA